AUGAUUUCAGUACCACCUGAUACAACUCCAGGAUCUUCCAAAAAACGAAAAUCAUCUACUGUAAACUCCGCCACCACAACUGGUACUUCAACAGAAAAGGAUAAAACCAGGAAAUAUGCACAAGCAUCAAGAACAUUAAAAGCUUGUGAAUUAUGCCGUAAACAGAAAACUAGAUGUUUCCGAUCACCAGAAAACCCCAGUUCAUGUUUAAGAUGUCGCUUCUUAAGUAAGGCAUGUUCUUUUGAAAAAGAAGAGAAUCAAGAUGCAAUAGGUGGGAUGUUACCAUUUAAUUUAUCAAAUCAAGAAACCACAAAGAAAAUUGAUUUGAUACAUGAUGGCAUAAAUCAAAUAUUGAAUUACAUGAAGAAUGGGGCUCGUAAUGAAGAUGCAAAAUUAUUGUUAGAUGCAUAUGAAUCCAUGAAAGGUCGUUCUAGUAACCCAGUAAGCGCUAAUGAUCAAAAUAUCCCACAAUUUGAUUCUUUUAAAUCUGUUAGCUCAGCAUCCCCAAUUGCAAUAUUACAACAAUUAUUUCCUAACCAGCCUAACACACUGAGCACAACUUUGAAAAAUGCUGUGCUAAACCAGGAAGACGUUAUAAGUCUUGGGAUUCUAUCGGACCAUGAAGUAACAGAAUUGAUAUCGAAUUUUCGAAGGAAUUACGGACGAUGGGUUUCAUUUUCAUCGUCUCUUUCCACAGAAAAUUUGAUUGUUCAAAUAAAAGAGAAAUCUACAUUAUUACUAACCUCUUGUUGUCUUGUAUCGUUUAGAUAUUAUAAAUACAAGGGACCAAAUGACAGAGCAAUGAAAUGUCAUUUAUUGACACAACGAUUAACUCAAGAUUUGAAUAAUUCAUUGGUUAAAUACACUUCUUUUGGAUCGGGGCUGGGUCAGGUUGAGUUUCUACAAGCACUAGUGAUCUUAAGCAUAUAUCUGAAGAGCUUAUCCAAGUUGGACGAUAGUUUAAAGCUUGAUCCAUGGUUUUUAUCAAACAUUGGCUUGUCAACAUUUAUUACCAAAACGGCAUUAGAUGAUUUCAAAGAAAUUGAUGACGAAACUGUGGAAAUCCACGGUGAAACUUAUAACAAGCUCACAAUAUUGAGAAUCUACAAUCAUCUUUGUCUUGCCCAUAUACUGAACUGUAUUUUUUCUGGAAGAAUGUGUAUUUUAGAUUCAAGUAGAGUUGAGAAAUGUGCCACCACCUUAAGUUUAUUAAAUGCCACAAAUUUUGAUGGUCGUAUGGUAAGUGAAAUUGGAUUAUUAUUUAUAACUUAUAAUUAUUUACAAAGUGUGUCAAUGGUUGACAGUUAUCAAAACUUGGAUCAUAUAUUUGAGAAGGUUGUUUUGGAUAUCAAAUCAUGGUUUGUUCAAUGGGAGUAUUUGUUUAGCCAACCAGCUCUACAUUUUCUUGAAUUCAACUACAAUUUUUGUUCCAUGUUGGUAUACUAUGUUUAUUGCUUUACAAGAUUGAAAUUAUUGGGGGAAGUCGCUCAUCAUGGAAUACUAAACGAAGACAUUUUCACCUAUGUGUUCCAAAAAAUUGAUAACGAAGAAUUAUUAGAGACCAUGUAUGGUUACUGCUUGCAAGUUAUUUCACAUACAAAUAACAUCGAAAAUGAUUCAUAUUUUGCAUAUUUGUCGGAUCAAAUUCAUUUUACAUUCUACUUUUGUUGUGUUUUUAUGAUUAAAUUACAAAAGGUAAUGACCUACAAGGAUAUGCUACCAGCCAAAGAUCGAAAAAGACUUAUCAGUGUAAUCCAGCUGUUGAUUGAUAAAUUCGAGAGAAUCAGUACUGACUACCCUCAUGAUAUAAUAGUCACUUACAAAAACAAUUUAGAAACUUGUUUAAAAGUAAAUUUUGUAUAA